UGCGUACUUUUAAUCGGCGUGGCCGGCAUACUCGAAAAGCGCAGCAGAGGGGAUUCCCGCUUUGGGAAAAACAAAGUCAAUCUACCUCACCAAGUGCCUAGCUCUAGUGCUAAGCUUUCAAGGGUGGCCCCAGCAUAAUAGGGCUAUGGGCACAGCACAGCCGCCGUCGUGGGGGGAGCCCUGGCCUGGAGGCUGUGAUCCGGCCCUGCCAUUCGCCUGUUCGUACCGUGCCCUGCUGCGCCCUCUGUAUUUCCGCUUUGGGUAUUGACGUCACCCCUGUAAAGCUGUCCAGAGGAUGGCUCUUUGUAUAAAGAACGAGGCUGCUCGCACGGCAAAGACGAAGCAAUUCGCACAUCGCAGCUCAUCACGGACACAAACACACACAAACACACACCAGGAGACAGAGACAGAGAGAAACAAACCUCUACAGUGACAACAACUCCAGCGACCCAAAAAACUACAGCCAUGUCCUUCAUCACAGACGAGAAACAACCCCACACACACCUCGAGGUCGACCCCUACGACCACGCCGGCGGCAUGAGCGGCGACUCGGACACGGACGUCCCGCCCGCCUACGACGACGCCUUCUCCAGCGCGCCUUCGACCGUCCAGCUCCAGAUCCACGCCGUCGGCUACGACUACGGCCAGGCCCUGACCGGCAACACCCUCGAGAACAUCGCCGUCAACCGCGUCGAUAGCACGGGCGAGCUGGUCUACACCUCGGUCCGCCUGUCCAAGUCGUCCAACUCGUGCGCCCUCGUCCGGGGCCAGGACACCAGCAGGUCGCUCAUCUCCACCAUCUACCGCUGGGGGCCCGGCCGCCCGCCGCGGAUGCGCAUCUUUGGUGGCAGCACCAACCCGGGAGUUGCCGUCUCGGUCGACGACGCCAUUAACAACGACCACCUCCAGUGUGAGCUCGUCGAGGUCAAGAGCCGCAACAUGUUCUCCCGCACGCAGCGCUUCGCCACCAGCUUCGGCACCUUUGAGUGGCGCUACGCCGACCGCGCCGAGCGCAAGCAGCCCGAGAACAAUGCCGACUCGCUGCUCGUGUGCGAGCGGACGGACGGUGGUGCCGGUGGUGCCGGUGGUGCCGGUGGUGCCGGCGGCAAGUCGGGCAAGAGGGGCGUGCAGGUCGCGCAGCUGGUGCGCAACGAGGCCAUGCGCACGCCCGGCACGACGAGGUGGAUGGGCGGCAAUGGCGGGCGCCUGGUGCUCGACCUGAGCGGCUGGGCUGCUGCUGCCCCGGACGGCGGCAAGGGUGCGGCGGUGGUGACGCCCCAGGAUGUCGAGGCGUUCUUGGUCGCGAGCUGUAUCUGCAUGCUCAAGAGGGAGGCGGACCGGUUCAAGGAUAGUGCUAUCGCUUCAGUGGUGUAG